UACAAACGAAUGUGAAUUUGAAUUUGAAAUAUCAAUGCAGUUAUUCCGCGAAAAAAUACUUCCAUACCAGGUUUCUGAAAAGGACUUGUGGGGCAGUCCAAAACACUUGUCUAUCAAUCUUGAGAAUCAUACGAGGUAUAUAUCCGAAUUAGUCCGUCUACACGUGGAAUACACAAUGAAAGCUCCGAUAUAUUGUCGCAAUUCAAUGGAUCAUAGAAUUAAAUUACGCAUUGGCCUGUUUUUGUUACGCAUUGGAGUGAUCCGUGAUAAACGUUCGUUAUGGGAAGAAAACUGGUGGGAUUUGGUAUUAGCCCAGUUUGACGAACUAAAUGUUAAGAUGAUUUAUGAGACUUUUGUAGCAAAAUGGGUAUCCUUUAAAUCCCUAACGGAUCGUUUGAACAAACUCCAGGAAGAGCCUCCGAACAUCCAGCUAUCAAUAAUAUCUGUCGCUCACUAUUUUUUUAGAUUCAAGCAUGACUAUAUGACAGAUUAUUUGCCGAUAUUCAAUUUACUUUGGGAUCAGACAAAGGACACUACUACUGACAUUCGUCGCUUUGCUUUAUUGGUUAUAUAUACCUGGAUAAAGAAUUGUACGGAAGAAGAGUAUAACUAUAGCAAAAGCCAAGGAGCAUUGAAAAAAUACAAAAAACUUGGAAAAUGGAGACAAGAAAUAAUACAAGAACUGGGAGAAGAGUUGAAAGAUCAUCGAGCUAAGGAAAUAAGACUUUGUCUAAACCCGAACACGGAAUAUGUGAUUGAAGAUAUAUUUUAUAUGACAUUUGGUCCAUUAGAGGAAUGCAACAUUUCUGACGAUUUGAAAUUUUCAAACAACAUUAAGAAGUGGCGUGAAUUCUAUAAAGAGGAAGCGCGAAGAAUGAUAGCUUUUCCAAAUGCUGAAGAAGAUUUAUCAGCCAUUAGCAGUGAAUAAGCUUUGAAACUGAACACACAUACACAUGUAUGUGUUUCUUGUAUUGAUGUCAUUUUUAAUACCCUGUACCCCAUGCCACCGUACUCCAUGAUCUGAAGAUUGAUUAAAUUCGGCACACUAUUGGCAUAGGAAUGAAUUUUCCACCAAUGCUGAUUUAAAUUAAAAGAAUGGAGCGGGAAAAAUGGUGGGUAGAGGGUAUUCAAGAGUCGAGCUGCCACAAAUUUAAAUAAAAUGUAUAAAAUAUGUAUAAAUAAAGGUAUACUAAAAAUAAA